AUGCCGCCAAAAGGAUGGAAGAAGAAUGGGGAUCCUAGUACUACGCAGCGGCAGAAAGAAUUGGAACUUGUAUCUAUAGAAGAUAUCCUAUUUCCAAGAUCAACACUUCAGAAACUAGCGAAAACGAUCUUAUUAGAUGAACAAGGUCAAAAUAGUAUGAUAUUAGCUAAGGACUCAAUGUUGGCGCUCCAGCGAUCUGCGACGGUUUUUGUGAGUUAUCUUCUUUUCCACGCGAGACCGAUAUGUAAGGAUACUGGACGUAAAACUGUUACUGCUCAGGAUAUGAUGGGUGCAUUAGAAAGAGCCGAGUUUUCUGGAUUCAUUCCGGAAAUCAAACAGAAGUUGGGUAGUUUUGAAGCAAUUGUGAAGAUGAAAAGACAAAAGAAGUUGGAGGAAAAGAGGAGCCUCAAGGAGGAAGAGGAGGAGGAGGAGGAAGAGGAGGAGGGCCAAGAGGGAGAGAGGGAUGAGGACAAAGCCAAGAGGGCAAAAAUAAGUGAAGGAAAGGACAAGCCUGGUCUUGUGCAGGAAGCUGAGAGUCAAGCAUCUGACGACGAGAAUGUUAAAGGUUUAGAAUCUGACGAGGAGCGACAAGAUGAUGAUAUCAUCAUUGACGAAGUAGAGGAAGAUGAGGGUCAUGUUGAGGACGACAUUGAGGACGACAUUGAGGAAGACGACGCUGGGGAGGAAGAGGAGGCUGUUUUAAUGAACCCCAUUGCUGCAUCUUCUAAAGAUGAAGACGACUUACAAGGCGAGAAAAUGGAAGAAGAAGAAGAAGAAGAAGAAGAAGAAGGGAUCAACCAACUGAGCGAUAAUGAAGAAUUAUGA